CUGUGUAAGAUGGCGGCGCCCGUGGCGCUUUCACCGCUGGAGCUAGUGGCUGCCGAAAGCUCAGCCAGACUAAGCCAUAAAAAGUACAGAGCACUUCUGAAGAAAGAGAAACGAAAGAAAAAAAGGCAAUUUCUGGCAAGACUGAGAGAUUCAGAAGGAGCAGAGAAAGAUGCACAGGUUUCUGAAGAGGAAGAGCUGUCUGAAGAAGAAAAACUGCUUGAAGAGGAAAGGCAACGACUACAUGAGGAGUGGUUGCUGAGAGAAGAAACAGCUCAAGAAGCUUUUAGGAUCAAGAAAGAAAAAGAAGAGGCAGCAAGAAAACGCCAGGAAGAAGAAGAGCAAAAAAUAAAAGAAGAAUGGGAAGAGCAACAACGAAAAGAACGAGAAGAGGAGGAGCGGAAACAGCAAGUGAAGAAAGACAGAGAGGAGGCUGUGCAGAAGAUGUUGGACCAAGCUGAAGGUCAGCUGGAAAAUGGGACUACAUGGCACAACCCAGAACCUCCAGAAAAUGUAGGAACAGAGAAAGAUCGAGCCAAUUGUCCAUUCUAUAUUAAAACAGGAGCUUGCAGAUUUGGAGACAGAUGCUCUCGGAAGCAUAACUAUCCAACCUCCAGCCAGACUCUCCUUAUUAGGGGUAUGUUUGUUACUUUUGGGAUGGAACAGUGUAAAAGAGAUGACUAUGACACAGAUGCAAGUCUGGAAUACAGUGAGGAAGAAAUCUACCAACAGUUCUUGGACUUCUAUGAAGAUGUGCUUCCGGAAUUCAAGAACGUGGGAAAGGUUAUUCAGUUCAAGGUCAGCUGCAACUUUGAACCUCACCUUCGGGGAAAUGUGUAUGUUCAGUACCAAUCAGAACAAGAAUGUCAGGAAGCUCUUGCUUUAUUCAACGGUCGAUGGUAUGCUGGGCGGCAGCUUCAGUGUGAAUUUUGCCCAGUAACAAGGUGGAAAACAGCUAUUUGUGGCUUGUUUGAAAGACAAAAGUGCCCAAGAGGGAAACACUGCAAUUUUCUGCAUGUAUUCAGAAAUCCAAACAAUGAGUUCUGGGAGGCUAACAGAGAUAUUCAUAUUUCCCCGGAAUGGACUAAACAUACUGGUAAAAACUCUGAAAGGAGAAAUAGAUCAAGCUACUAUGACGAAUAUUAUAGCCGGACUAGGAGAAGAAGCAGUCCAAGCUCAGAUCAUGCCUACAAAAGAAAUGGAGAGUCAGAGAAGAAAAAGAGUCAUAAACAUAAGAAAAGGCACCUUCCUGAAGGCUCAGGGAGUCAUGGAAGACGACGGUCACGCAGUAAGAAGAGUCAGCGGAGUUGUCAUAGGAGCUGGACACGUAGUCGCAGCAGAAGUUCUUCUCGGUCAAGGAGUAGAGGCAGAAAAAGAUCCAGUAGUAAAGGAAGAAAUAGUUGAAUUACCGCUCAAGAAUGACUUUUCAAGGUGCUUCUGCCCAAUAAACUCUAGUGCUACCCAAGCUGUUGCAUACUAGGCAUUGUAUGCUGUACUGCUUUGUUCCAGAAAGUUGUUUUGCACUGGGCUGUUUUUUGCAACAAGAUAAAAUGAGAAUACAUCUUUUGUGUCUGCAAAGCAUACCUGCCUAGUUACAAGUUGUUCUGGCAUGAAAACUUUGUUAGAUUCUUAAGUGCACUCAGUGUUCUAAGAUUGUUCUAAAGUUCCACAUCCUUUUUUUUAGAGGUCUAUGAUAAAACAGAUUGUAUGCUUGUUUAUUGAAAAGGUGUAAUAUAUUCACCUGUACCAUUUAACAAAUUCCGCAUGUAAAAAGCACAGUGGUAAAUACAACUAAAGGUUACUUUAGA